UGCGGAUCUCAGAGCAGCACCUGAAAGCAGCAUCACUCACCUCACACACGUUUUAUUGCUGAGCAGAACCCGCAGCUCCAAAAGAGACUGUUAAUGGGUGUUCAUUUCUCCCGGUAACGAUGAACCGGGAGCUCGGACGGUCGGUGAGCGUAACGUGGAGCAGCGGGCCGCUUGUUGCGCAGCUCCCAGAUCAGCUGGCAGCAGAUGUGAGCGAGUUUUGUUGAGGCAGGCGUGUUGACAGCAGCAGUAAAGCAGCAAGUGAAGGUAGGAAGCUGCAAUAUGCGACCAGAUGCAGCCUGACACUGGAAUGAAUGAACCCGCAGCACGUUUUCUAACCGGGACCGAGUAAAGGAGCGAAGUUGGCUCUCGGAAACCACUUUCUCCGCUCGAAUACGCCUUUUUUUGGGCAAGAUAUUUCCCUCCACUCUCCUGGAGAAUCGACGAUCAGGAUCCUAUAUGAUGAAGUUUAAGCCCAACCAGACCAGGACGUACGACGGUGAAGGGUUCAAGAGAAGAGCUGCGUGUUUGUGCUUCAGGAACGACUCGGAGGACGAGGUGCUGCUGGUGAGCAGCAGUCGACAUCCAGACCAAUGGAUUGUGCCUGGAGGAGGAAUGGAGCCUAACGAGGAGCCCUGUGGAGCCGCCGUCAGGGAGGUGUAUGAGGAGGCUGGUGUGAAGGGAAAGCUCGGCAGACUACUUGGGAUUUUUGAGCACAAUCAAGACAGAAAGCACAGGACUUAUGUCUAUACCCUGAUAGUAACAGAGAUGCUGGAAGACUGGGAGGACUCUGUCAACAUUGGAAGGAAGAGGAAGUGGUUCAAGGUUGACGAAGCCAUCAGGGUGCUGCAGAGCCACAAGCCUGUCCACGCCGAGUAUCUACGCAGACUCACGGACACCUGCAGUCCUGCGUGCAGCCCGACUAAUGGCAACGCCCCGAGCUCCCAAGUGAUGGACAACAACACACCUCACUGUGUUGUUUGCUCCACACAGAGCUCAGAUCUGGUCAACAGAUAGGAGCAUCUUCACCAGCAGGCAGUUCUUCUGAGAGGACAUAUGAUCUGAGAUAGACUUUAAUUACCAAUGCAGCCUCUCCAUAUGUACAGAACGAACUCCUUGGAAUCGAGCUGAACCCCAUUUGAAGUGGGAGUGAAGAGUGCCAAAACGUUUUCCACAUGUAUUUGAGUUUUUACGGAUGCUUUUUAACAACCAUCACCAGCUAAUAGAACAACGUGUCUCUUUAAAAGCUUUAGACGGAUUCUCUCAGUGUGCUGCUUAUGCAAUCUUCUGGUCCUUUUUAGUCUUACAUGCUGAAUAUUUGACUGGCAGUGCACACAGUGUGUUGGUGGUUUCCUGGAGGCCGAUACUGGGAAAUGUUGGCUCUAGGAGAAAACCGUUUUCCCGCAGUGACUCAGUGCCAAAUAAUGUCCUUCUGCAAGAAGAGUAGCUACAAGUGUGUGAAUCCUUUUAUUACGAUUCAGUUUUUUGUGAAUUAUUUUUUUGGUGUAGGUUAUGCCUUGUGGGGAAUUUUGCGUAAAGAGAGUUGGGGUAGAGUCUACUUUGAUGCAACAUGUGUGAACAAUGUUGUUCCGCCUGUAAUUACCACCUUUAAAGUGCACACAGUAUCAUCUCUAAUCAUUGGUAACAUUGAACUCUGUAAUAAACAUUAGGAGAAUAUGUGCACACUGCCCACCACACUGAGAUGAAGCCUUAGAUAGUCUGGCCUCAGACAUCCCUUAAUGUGUAUUUAUGUGAUUAUAUUGUCAGUUCAUAGUGUGAAAACUGUAAAACUGAGCAAGUUACAGAAGAUUACUACCAAUAUAAGCUUUUCUAUAGUGGAAUCAAACCCCAGACAAAGACACUACAAACACACGCUGUAUCCAAAACAAAUAGUACAGAGACGUGUUAUUUCUUAAUAACACAUCCUCAGACUAUUAAGUGCAUUUGGCAACUGUGCAGACAAUAAGGAGGCCUUGGUUUUAUGGGAGAGUUGGUAUCGUGUUUUUGUCUGAUUCUUUUAAGUGCCUUCACAAACACGACACUAAAUUAUGUUUAAUUUUCAGCUUUCAGCACUGACUUGAAGCACUACAAAUGGCCUUUUCUGAAACAAGCCUCUUAUUUUUUCAGCUUGGUUAGGAUUGGAAUUAUAGGAUGUUCAUGUAAAUGUGGGUUUGUUGUUACAUAUGAAUGUACAGUAUUUAGAGUGCCCUAACUGAAUUUAUUUAUGUUUCAUCAUGGUCGGUGUGUAGACCAGCCUUUUUCUUUUUUUGGGGGAGUAACAAUCUUAAAAAGAGUGGUGCAAAUUAUGUGAUCAUUUCCCUAAAUUUGACUGUCAGUGGCUAAAUUGGAAAGAUCACCAUUUUUCUAUUUGUGCGUGUUAGACUGGAAUAUUCUGCUGUGCACCAUUAUGUUGAAUAUAAAACAUUUAAAUAAAAAAAUUAUAAUUCUUA